CAAUUGUAAUCGGAAACGGCUUCGCAGGCUCAGAGAAUCAGAGCAUUGGCUUGGUUCGUGCUUUGGGGCUCUCCAAUCACCAAUCCUUAUUUGUUUCCCAGCAAACAAAGACAAACAAAACCAGGAACUAGUAUUUGUUUGUUUUAUUGAAUCUUUUUAUAUUUGAUUAGCUUGGAUUUGGCCAAUGGAAGUAUAGGUCAGCGCCCUUAAGUACCCAAAUUGAUGAAGAGAAAUUAACAUAUUGCGAAUACUGUAGUAGGCUUGUGAUACUUUGCUAGCGGUCCCUAAUUUCUUCAAGCGUGUUACUAGACCAAGAGGAGGAAUACAUGAGCGGCUUCAUUGGCUUCCAGUUUCUCUCCACAAAAAAUUAGACUAUGUCAUGAAGCAAUUCCAAACAGUCAGGGGGAAAAAAUCGAUCCAUCUUUCAGCUGAAAAAUGUGGCGUGUUGGAUAUCCUAGAAGCUGAUGCAAAGCAUAUUUCAAAAAUGGCUCGUGAAACUUUUGAGAUGGAUGGCCCAUUAUUGGUGGUUGCAUCUGGUAGGGAUACCAUUCCUGUUGCAAGCUACAUAAAACAGUUAGCUCCAGAAAAUGUUUUUGUUGUUCAGAUACAACACCCGAGGUCAGGUCUGAAUAGGUUUGAUCUGGUGAUUACCCCUCGUCAUGAUUAUUAUCCAUUGACCCCUCAUGCACAGAAACAAAUCCCUUGGUUUCUCCGGAGGUGGAUAACUCCUCGUGAACCUCCUGACAGACAUGUGGUUCUGACUCUUGGAGCUCUUCAUCAAGCUGAUUCUGCUGCACUUAGGAGUGCUGCUUCUGCCUGGCAUGACAAAUUGGCAUCUCUGGCCAGGCCCUUGUUGGUGGUUAACAUUGGAGGACCUGCAAGCAGUUGUCGAUAUGGUGCUGACCUAGCAAAGCAGUUAACGGUUUUACUACAAAAUGUUCUAUGGAGCUGUGGGAGCCUCAGGAUAUCCUUCUCAAGAAGAACUCCUGAGAAGGUAUCCAAAAUAUUAGUAAGAGAACUUGGUAAUCAUCCCAAGGUUUACAUUUGGAAUGGUGAAGAACCGAAUCCACAUAUGGGGCAUUUGUCUUGGGCUGAUGCCUUUGUCAUCACAGCUGAUUCAGUGAGUAUGUUGAGUGAGGCUUGUAGUACUGGGAAGCCGGUAUAUGUAAUUGGAGCUGAGCAUUGUAAAUGGAAGUUUGCGGACUUCCACAAAUCUCUGCUGGAACAAGGAGUGGUUCGGCCAUUCACUGGUAAAGAGAAUAUAUCUGAGAGCUGGAGCUACUCUCCAUUGAAUGACACUGCAGAGGCAGCUAGUCGAGUGCAUGACGCGCUUGCAGAGCGUGGAUGGAAAGUGCAAUCAUAAUGGACAUUUUUUUUAUAGGAAAAUCAUGCUUUCAUACAUCGAUAACAAAAUAAAAAAUAAAAAAUAAAGCUUUUAAGGACUCCAAUUUUGUGCCUCGUACUUGAAAGCCCUUCCAGCCUCUGGGGUGUUUCACCUGGUUUCUACCGGUUGAGAAGAAGCAGUUGCUUUUGCAGAUUUGAAAAUUUUCCUGAUUGGUUUUUCCAUAC